UUGAGUUGAACAAAGUCCUAUCUCUAUCCUAAACGUUACCAUUGAUUGAUCUAUUAGUGAUUGUCAUUAAGGUUGUCUUUUUUACUCUACACAGAAAUGUAUUCUGUGACUGCUUCCAUAGGCAUGUUGUCCUCUGUAUAAAUUGAACUUGUACAUAACUCCCGUGUGCGCACCGUCUCCUGGCCCAUCUCUGGCUGCUCCCCGCCUGUCUGCUCCUCCACGAGUUCAAGUGUUGAGGGGGCGGAUAGUUUUGAUUUUCUUUACUUCGCUCUUGGCCAAUAAUGUCGAGGGAGCUGUUGUGCACAUCUCAGCUGGCAGACAUUUAAAAGGGAGACAGUGCGGCGCUGGAGUAAUUUGUAUUAAACCCCCUGGCCCCUUUUCUAUGGAGCGCUCGGUCUCCCACCCAGCAGAGCUCAGUCCCGCCAGUGAGGAGUCGACGCGAGAGGGUGCCUAUCAUCUGUGAAGGUACCACAGACAACAGCCCAUCACUGGAGGACAGGGACACGAACAAGAUGGCCUACUCUACUCGUGUACUUUGCAGUAUGGUUUUCAUCAUUGGCUUGAUCUCCUCUCCCGCGGUCUCAAAAAGAAACCGUGGAUCACAAGGCGCCAUCCCUCAUCCAGACAAGAACAACCCAAACGAAUCGGAGCAGCAGCCUCACCCUCCUUCUCCUGCGGGCGCAGGCACACGCCAAAGGCAUAGCUCGUCUUCUCCAGCCGACGAAGUUCUGGAGUCCAGCCAAGAGGCGCUUCACGUCACCGAGCGGCAGUAUUUGAAGCGCGACUGGUGCAAGACGCAGCCCCUAAAACAGACCAUCCACGAGGAGGGAUGCGUCAGUCGGACCAUCAUCAACCGCUUUUGCUAUGGACAGUGCAACUCCUUCUACAUCCCCAGACAAAUCCGCAGGGAGGAGGGCGCGUUCCAGUCGUGCUCGUUUUGCAAACCCAAGCGCUUCACCACUAUGACGUUCACAUUGAACUGUCCUGACCAGCAGCCGCCAACCAAGAAGAAACGCAUUCAGCGCGUGAAGCAAUGCCGCUGCAUAUCUAUAGAUUUGGACUAGUUGUGCGACCUCCAUGCGUGCUCGCGGACAGGACAAAUGUCUGAUUUCACUGGAAACCAAACGUUUCCUCUUCUUCUCUUCUGACUUCAGCCUGAGACAUUUCACUGCACGGGAACGCGAAUUGGAAUGGUUUUACGCACGGCUUUGAAUCCAGUAGAACUGCACGUCCCCGGUUUAUAUAAUGCUGUGAUGAGAACAUUCACUACAGGAAUAGUUUCUGUGUUGUUUUUAUAUAUAUUGUUUUAAAGGUGUUUCCACUGUGUGGAAUAAGACGGACUAGUUUUAUGCAGAAUGUAAUUUUAAUCGUACGUGAUUUCAGUGAAACCUCCCCCUCAGUAUAGCAUAUUCCUCUAUUAUGUUAUGUUAUUUUUUGUAAGUCAUGAAGACAAACUUGAGACUUUUUCAGUCGGUUUAGUCAGCCCUUAUACGCGUUACAACUGUUAAAGAGUUUAGGAUGUAACUAGA